CAUUUGUUUAUUUUAUUUAUUAAAUUAAACAUUUUCUCCAGCAUUUUAAAGCAACAGUAUAGUUUUCCUUAGACGCAAUAUAAAAUCCUUAAAGAAUCCAAAAGCUACAGAGAAUCGUCCUUUGCUUGGGCCGGUCGAUCUCUCCGUGACUCACGAGUCCGGUCGGUGCGAACAGCUUCAAACCCGUUCUUUAUUUCACGGGAUAGAAGAGAACUUGCUGAGAAAAGUACAUGCCCGUGCACUGGCUGCAAUGUCCAACCUAGCAUAAGUGCCUUAUGAAGUGCAGCAGAGAAAUGGCGUUUUAAUGUUGAACGCACCUCUCCUAUAGUCACUUCUCUCUGCUCCUCUGCUGGUAAGGCGCAAGUUUUUCCCAACUCUUAAAAGAACAAAACAUUCUCUAAUUUGAGCAUAUACAUCCUAAAUCAUAGACGUGAAUAUAUUAUUAUGAGAUAAAAUUGUUGUUAAUUAUUAGGUGGUGAACUGCAGUUGAGGAGAAACUUCAGCGCGCUUCCGUUGCGCCGCUCUGCGCUCGCUGGAGGUAAAGAUGCAUGCAUCCCCGCGCGCUGCCAUUGGCACUGGUUCUUCUCACGACUGCCGGAUGUCAUAUGUGGAAAUUGACGAAUUUAAAGAAAACAGGGCUAUAAGAAGGCAGUCCGGUCAUUGGUCUCUCCACCUCCGAGGUGUGGUCUCUUUCCAGAAGCCUUUAAAACUAGGCGGCGCGCAAUGCUGCGCUCGAGAAGGUAUUCAGCAGAGAAGCGCGUGAGACUGGCCUGGUCUACCAGGCACGAGCGGUUCAGCGCACCGCGCUCUCCAAGCAAGAGUAACAUCCACCUGCAGUCUGUGUGUCAAGUGAAGUCAGUGAUGAGAAUGGGUGCUGUAAAGAGUGAGGGUGCUUUAGAUGGUGGAUGGGGAUGGAUGAUUGUGUUGGCCUCUUUCAUGGCCCAGUUCCUAUCCUUUGGAUCCCCCCAGUCUGUUGGGGUGUUGUACCCUGAGUGGCUCAGUGCCUUCCAGGAGGGAAAAGGCAUGACGGCUUGGGUUGGAUCCAUGGUGUCCGGUGUGGCACUCAUCACCAGCCCGGUGUGCAGUGCUUGUGUGGAUAAUUUUGGUGCACGGCCUGUAACCGUCUUCAGUGGUGUGAUGGUGGCUGGAGGUCUGAUGCUGAGUGCUUUUGCUCCGAGCAUCUCUUUCCUCAUCUUCUCCUAUGGCAUUGUUGUCGGCAUUGGCUGUGGACUUGUCCAUGCUGCCACACUGACCAUAACCUGCCAGUACUUUGACAAGAGGCGUGGCCUAGCACUGGGCAUUGUCACCACAGGUACAAGUGUGGGUGGGUUCAUUUACGCCACACUCCAGAAUGAGCUCAUUGAGUUGUUUGGAUUGGAGGGCUGUCUGCUUAUCAUUGGAGCGCUGGCGCUCAACCUGAUGGCAUGUGCUGGGCCAAUGCGACCUAUGAACUUACCUGGUUACUACCUAAAGCAGAGAGCUGCUCUACAGUGUACAGAGGAACCAGAACCACUCUACACCAAACCUACUGCUAUUAUCAUUGACUCUGAUCUCAAAACCACACCCGGCUCAGCCGAUAACACAGCCACCAUUAAGCUUUUGAUCAUCAAGGAACCCACCGAGCUGCAAGAGAGUGAAGAGGAAAGAAAAGGUGGGAUAUCGACCUGUUCAGUAGUAGCACGAGCUAUCAAGAAGCGAAUGCGCCCCUAUGGACAGUACCUGUGCGAGACUAUAGAGCUCCUACAGGACCGUGUCUUCAUGGCUUUCUGCAUCGCCAUGUUCCUGUUCAGCUUAGGGGCGUUCCCCCCUGUUCUCUUCAUGGAGGACGUAGCCCAGAGCGAGGGGCUUAUCGAUGGGAUUGCACUAAUACCCCUCGUCUCCAUCGUUGCCAUUACAACAGGCAUCGGUAAGCUGGUCCUGGGCAUCCUGGCAGACAUGCAAUGGGUGAACAGCUUGUACCUGUACGCCCUGACGCUGACAGGCACAGGCACCGCUCUGCUGCUCAUUCCUGUGCCUAAAAGCUACAUGGGUCUGCAAGUUUUGUCAGCCGCAGUUGGAUUUUUCUCAGGGAACUGGUCUCUCACAUCCUACAUCACUACCAAGAUAGUGGGCAUUGAACGACUCAGUCAGGCUCACGGCAUUCUCAUGUGCUUCGGAGGGUUUGGAAUCACCCUCGGGCCACCUGUUGUAGGUUGGUUUUUUGACUGGACUCAGUCAUAUGACUUGGCAUUUUACUUCAGUGGCACUUGUGUUUUAGUGUCUGGAUUGUUUCUGCUCUUGUUCUGUUCCACUCUGCCUUGCUGGAACAGGAUGUCAGAGGAGGGAAAUUCUCCUGCAGAAGAGGGCAUCAACACUUCUCAACAGCCCACUCUUGAUUGUGACAAAGUAGCUUCUGUGGCUUGAACAAUAUCUCAAAGGUCUAAAACUGACCUUGGCCUUAACAUUCUGCUGAACAUGUAGAAGAUUGUCUUCCUUUUCUUAUGGUUUUCUUAUCUGGUACGGUUUUGACAGGGGACUUCUCAUGGUGCCUAACUUUUUCUUUUGUUCGAUGUGAUACUUUUUUGUACAUGUCCCACAAACCCUGUCAUUUUUGAGAGGGUAUAUUAAUUUUUCUUAGAUGCUUAUAAAGACUGCCUCAUUUUUGAGGCUUAUAUAUAGCAAAAGUUGUUUGCUAGUAUAUUAAGUAGAUUGUUUACUGAACACAAAUGCUGUUUUUUGUAGAUCUUGAUCACUUGAAUUGUGUUACUUUACUCUCCUAGAUGAAUGGUCUUACUGUGUUGGAUGUGGAUAUCAUCAACCUGUGAAGAUACAUGCUUCCAUUAAUGAGAACAUUUGUCACUGAAAGCUGCAGAGAAUUAUAUAAUGUGUGAAUGGGGUUUUUCACUGCACUUACCAUGAAAAACAUUUAAAAAAUCCAGAUCCAAAAGAUUAAUUUUGUUAUUUAUGGAGCAAC